ACCUUUUGCAUUACAAUGAAAGUAGUUUGGAUUUAUUUGGCAGUAUCAUGCCUGACAAUUAUUAAAUGCUUAAAUGCAGAAAUAUUACCAACUUCUAAGUUCACAGAUGAAGUGAUUGGUGACAAUAGUUCGACAUUGAUAAGUUCAAUUGAAAAUAUAAAGACCUUGACAUCUUGCCCCCAGGAAUUUGGUGUGGAAGGCAUUUACGAAAUUACGGUUCCAGGUCUUAGGCCAUUCCCAGUUUUGUGUAAUGCUCAAAUAGCAGGAGCUGGCUAUGCUGUAAUAGCCAGUCGAUCGAAUGCCGAAUUGAAUUUCUAUAGAAAUUGGAAAGAUUUUAAAAAUGGUUUUGGAGACCUGUCGGCUGAUUUCUUUCUAGGUCUUGAUAAGUUGCAUGCCAUAACCAAAUCACAGGCCCACGAGUUAUACAUUCAUCUAGAAGAUUUCAAUGGAAACAAGCGAUUUGCUAGAUAUGAUGAAUUUUACAUUGAAAAUGAACUGGAAUUCUAUAAAAUGAGUAAAUUGGGAGCCUAUUCUGGAGAUGCGGGUGCUGCUUUUGCCCACAAGAAUGCACAGUUUUAUACUUUUGAUAGAGAUAACGAAAAGUCUUGUGUAGCAAAAAGACGUGGUGCUUGGUGGCAUAAUGCUUGCACCUGGAGUAAUCUAUUCGGUUUGUACUAUGGUGGUGAUUACAGAAAAGACCUGGGUGAUACAGGACUAACAUGGGAGCACUGGCGUGGUCGGUACUAUUCAUAUAAAAUAAUGAAAAUGAUGGUGCGACCCAAAUCCUGCUGCCCCUAGUUAAAGGAAUCGCAUGAAUUUGCUGAAGAUUAAGGUUACUUAUUAAUUACAUCUACACCCUUUUUAUUUUUCUGUAAAUCACAAUAAAUGUUGUUAAAUAUGUUUCUUAUGUAAA